AUGGCACCAGCUCUGACAUUACCAUACGAGCCUGAGCCCGAGCUCAAAUCUGAAGAUUUCCAUGUUCUGGAUUUACCGGCACUUUACACAAAGCCCAGCCCAAUCAUCCUCUUGAAAACUCUCGACAAACUCACUCUCCCGCCGCCAUCAUGGGAUCGCCCGCCAGCAAACCAGCAAAGCACGCCCCCUGGGCUUACUAAAUGGCUCACUGGCAUAAUUGCCUGUCCACUGCAGUGGAUUUCCGAUGAAGCCGUCCAGGAGCAAAUCUGGGAGUCUGCGAGUUCACGGCUCGCCGAGCGGUGUGGUAGGACUGCUAUGCCGUCAGUAGACCGAACAUUCAAAAUCUCCGAGUCUCUCGAACUCAUAAUUCACGAGCCCACCCUCACCGCAGACAAUCUCGGCCUCAAGACCUGGGCCAGCUCCUACCUGCUCUCAAAACGCCUCUCACAGCUGCCGCUCCCAUCUUUCCCCGAGGGUGCUCGAGCUCUAGAGCUUGGUUCUGGCACGGGACUUGUUGGGCUGGCCGCCGCAGGGACGCUACUGGGAGUGAGCUCCGUUCUCCUCACCGACCUCCCUGAGAUCGUUCCCAACCUGCAGCGAAACGUAGACCGGAACCGUGCUGCUUUGAAGAGCGCUGUUGAUGUUGAGGUGCUGGACUGGCGGGAUGAUACGGAGGUGGAGGAGGCACAGCGUUUUGAGCUGGUGCUGGCGGCUGAUCCGAUUUAUUCGCCAGAGCACCCGGCGCUGGUUGCGGGUGUGGUGGGGCGGUGGAUGAAGAGGGAUGGAGAGUCGAGGGUGGUGGUGGAGCUGCCGUUGAGGGAUGGGUUUGAAGGGGAGAGAGAGGAUUUUAAGGUGAAGAUGAGAGAGCAGGGGCUUGUGGUGGUUGAUCAGGGUGUAGAGACGGGGUGGGAUGACUGGGGUAAUGGAGAGGAGACGUCGAACCAUAAUAUCCUUGACAAAAAUGGCGGAUUGGAUUAA